AUUUUCUUAAGCCAUGGCUUCGAUUCCAAAACUUCUUUUGCUUCUCACCCUGUUCACAUCGUUCAUCAACCUUACAACCUCACUACCAUGCAACUCGUACACUUUUCCAAAUAACCUUAACUUUGCAAGAUGCAGUGACCUACCCGUUUUAGAUUCCUCUCUUUAUUGGAACUACAAUCCAAAAACUAGUGUUAUCGAUGUUGCAUUCAAGAAAAUUAAUGUAAAGGAUUCUAGUUGGAUUGCUUGGGCCAUAAACCCUAAUUCGAAUGGCAUGAUAGGAUCGCAAGCUCUAAUCGGUCAUCGAAACUUUGAUGGAAGUUUCAAAGUCUAUACUUCACAAAUAACAAGUUACCAAACUAUGUUACAAGAGGGUAACAUUAGUCUUCCAGUUUAUAAUAUUUCAGGAAUGUACCUAGAUGGAAGCAUGAUGAUAUUUGCAAGUUUGGAACUUCCUAAAAACGUCAGUUUGGUUAAUCAUGUUUGGCAAGAAGGAUCAGUUUCUAGUGAUGGAAGAUUGAGAUCUCAUGCUUUGACUGGAGCAAAUGUUCAAAGUUUUGGAACUUUGGAUUUUCAAUCUGGAAAUAUUAUCUCCCAUAGUUUUGGUGGAAAAUUGAUGUCAAAAAUCAAACUAAGAAUCGUACAUGCAAUUUUUAAUGUUAUAAGUUGGGGAACACUAAUGCCAAUUGGAGUAAUAAUGGCUCGUCACUUGAAGAGAUUUGAAGGACCAACAGGAUCAACAUGGUUUCAAUUGCAUAGAGCAUGUCAAUCUAUAGCAUUAUUAUUGGGCACUGUUGGUUUUGCCACUGGUUUAUAUAUGGGAAACCAACCAGGAAUUCAUAACACACCACAUAAAUGUGUUGGAAUCACUCUAAUGACUUUGGCACUUGUUCAAGUUUUUGUUGCAAUUCUUCUUAGACCAAAGAAAGAUCACAAGUAUAGAAUAUGGUGGAACAUUUUUCAUUUCUUAGUUGGUUACACAACCAUUAUCUUAGCUAUAUGGAACGUCUUCAAAGGCUUUGACAUCUUGGGGGGAAAUAUCAUGUUUAAAAUUAUCUAUGCUUGUGUAAUUGGAUGUUUGGUUUUGAUUGGUUUGAGUUUAGAAGUUGUUGCUUGGAUUAUGUGGCUAUGGAACAAGAAGAGCAAAGAACUUGGAGUAUAG